AUGGCAGAGGAACUCCUCAACGAUUCCUUCCCAGAUCUGACAGAAGUGGAAAAUAAGAGGUGGCUGCGUUCUGCCGAUGUGAAGAUUCUGCGCCAGCUGGUGGCCGUUCAGGAGGGUAUUGAGGCCAUGCGUUGGCUGAUGGAGGAGCGGGGGGCCUUAGCCAGCCGUGGCAGCAGCUUGACAAGCAGCCUGAGCAGCCUGGUGACUGUGGAGGAGCACGGGCUCUCGAUGCCCCCUUGCAGAGAAUGUCAGAGUCCAACUCAGGAUUUGACUGAAAACUCUGGUGAAGAAUCAGCGGAUCACCCACCACACGCUGAUGAUGGUGAAUCAAACCACAAGAGCUACUUUGACAUGCCGAUCCCAGAGUCUGAGGAAAGACCUCCGAGUCCUUCCACCUUCAAGUUUGAAUCAGGAGAGACACAGACGGAGCACCAAACUCAGGAGAGUUUCAGAGCCCUGCAGCACAAUACGAUGGAAGAGGAAGAGAGUGCGCCUAACAGAGACUCGGCUUUGCUGGGCUAUGAUGCUCAGUGGUGCUGGGUGGAGUCACAGGACGAUGUAAUGUUUCUAUGA